AAAAUGGAUCCUGCAUUAUUACACACUCUGCUGGACCUGUGUUUGAAAAGAGCUUGUUUUGAAAUGUAGUUCUAAAAACAUUAUCAAUUUGUCUUUUAUUGUGCUCACAUUCCAUCAAUUGAUCAAAUAAGAAAACCUUUGGUGACAUAGUCUUCUGGUGAAGGAGUAUGGGUUAGUGCCUGGUCUCUUUGCACAAUUUAAUACACUUGUCUUUUGAAGUGUUGCAGGCACAGCCUAUGGAAAGAGUUGUAUUCUACACUGCCUUUGUAUUCUUCACUGCCUGGCCAAAAAAAAGGUCACACACUCUAAUAUUUGUUGGACUGCCUUUAGCUUUGAUUAAGGCAUGCAUUCGCUGUGGCAUCAUUUCCACACGCUUUUGCAAUGUCACAACAUUUAUUUCUGUCUUGCAUUCAUUUUUCGCCAAGAUCUUGUAUUGAUGACGGGAUAUUCAGACCACUGUGCAAAGUAUUCUCCAGCACAUUCCAAAGAUUCUCAAUUGGGUUCAGGUCUGGACUCUGUGGGGGCCAAUCCAUGUGUGAAAAUGAUGUCUCAUGCUCCCUGAACCACUCUUUCACAAUUUGAGCCCGUUCGAUCCUGGCAUUGUCAUCUUGGAACAUGCCUGUGCCAUCAGGGAAGAAAAAAUCCAUUGAUGGAAUAACUUGGUCAUUCAGUAUAUUCAGGUAGUCAGCUGACCUCAUUAUUUGGGCACAUAACGUUGCUGAACCUAGACCAGACCAACUGCAGCAACCCCAGAUCAAACCACUGCCCCCACAGGCUUGUGACCUUUUUUUUUUGGCUGGGCAGUGUAUCUAUUUUGGGGGGAAGAAGUAUUCAGAUCUUUUUCUUGAGCUUUAGUAAGUAACAUGUUACAAGUUACAAUCCUGCAUUUAAUGACAUUUCACAUGAAUAAAACUGCAAUAGAAUUAGCAUAAGAAAACGUUAUGUAGAUUAUGCCAAGUGGUCGGUUUCAUAAAAAAUACUUAAUAUAAUUUUGGACUAUAAAUGCAAUCAUGUGUUACCCACUAUUAAAGCAGUUACUCAAUGUAGGGCUAAUUUAAAGUUCUUUAUAUAAAGCAUUAUUUGCAAAGUAACGAGAAAUGACAGCUCUGAAUUUUAGAGAAAUGGCAGAAAAUGGAAAUACCUAAGCAGCCUACAGUUAUCUACUCAUGUAGGUCUAAAUAAAUAGGCUUAUUUUACAUACUUUCGGUGUUUUUUCUUUGUGUAAAAUAUACAAUACUCCGCUUACAUGUAUCUGUUUCCAUCUGUCUAUUAUAUGAUCAUUGAUUCUUUACUUAUGAUAAGUACAAAUACAACACGUCCUAAAUUCAUAUGUAUGUAUAUUAUGCAUAUAUACCCAAUGAUAAAGUACAUGCAGAAUCAGCUACAUGCAACAAAGUACUUAAUUCGAUAAAGAUCAGAGUUACUUUACUUUGGCAGUUUUUAUUCCAGGAGAUCCUAUUCUGUCUGGUUUAGGAACUCCUUGACCCCUGCCUGUCUGUCUGUCUGUCUGUCUGUCUGUCUGCCUGCCUGUCUGUCUGUCUGUCUGUCUGUCUGUCUGUCUGUCUGUCUGUCUGUCUGUCUGUCUGUCUGCCUGCCUGCCUGCCUGCCUGCCUGUCUGUCUUUCUGCUAGUGUGUUUAUUUAUUUGGGGCCUGUUGUUCAGACUAAAUAAAGUUGUAUGGCUCUUUCUCAGUGAGAACAGUCCGGCAGUAAUGCAGCUUGAGACCGGAGAGCAGCAGCAGCUCCUCCGUCAGACGUGACGUCGCUGGUCCCCCGCUGAAAAACUUCACUCCGCACAAAGUUUUCAGAAAACAUCGAGCCCCAAAAUACUCUCUGUGACCAGGAGCCUCGGAAUGUGCGGACAUUUGCACUUCAACACUGUAACCCGCCGUCGAAAUGUUAGCACAGUUUCGUUUAAUCGACUCCGUGACUGCCGUUGCGACUGUUUUUGUAGCAGUGUUGUUGGCGAGAGGCUGCAUGUGUGUCAACGAGAAAGACGAUGAGGUUCUGGAGAAAAAGCAGCUUAUGGAGUUCUACAAAAAGGGUAUGUUUAUCCUGGAGAGUGAGCCUCUGAAACGCUGCAUCAAAGUAGACCGCUCUAACCUCGUGCUAGAGGACUGCGAGCGGCCCACGCGUCGCAUGCUCUGGAAGUGGGUGUCCCGACAUCGCCUCUUUAACUUGGGUACCAGCACGUGCCUGGGCCUCAACAUCUCCGACACGACGCAGCCUCUGGGCACAUUCGAGUGUGACAUGGCUCUGCCGGUGCUGUGGUGGCGCUGCAGUGGAAAUAUGCUGUACGGUGCGUCACAGUGGAAGGUGGCUGUGGCUGGACGUUUGGUGGUGGUAAAGAAAAACUCCUAUCAUGAGUGGAAAAGAUACAACACCCCUAGAGGAGGGCCCUGCUCAUAUCCAUAUGAAGAUAUCCACACUUUGUUGGGAAAUGCACAUGGCAUGCCUUGCGCUUUGCCCUUUAAAUACAACAACAAGUGGUACUCUGAGUGCACAACUGAGGGGCGCGAGGACCAUCUUCCAUGGUGUGCUACAACCACUCGCUAUGAUGAGGCCGAAAAAUGGGGCUUCUGUCCAGUUCAAGAUUCUAGUUGUGAGCGUUUCUGGGAGUCAAACCAGGAGCUGCGUGCAUGUUACCAGUUCAAUCUGUACACCAUCCUGACCUGGAGCCAGGCGCUGUCCACCUGCCAGGCUCAAGGGGGAAAUCUGCUCAGCAUCACCAGCCUGGCAGAGCACAGGUACAUCAGAGAUCGAAUGGCAAGUGUUGGAGCGAUGGUGUGGAUCGGGCUGAACCACCUGAAGGAUAGACGGGGGUGGCAAUGGUCUGAUGGAGCACCUCUAUCACUGGUCAAUUUCACUAAAACUCUACCAGCCAGCCCGCUGCAGGACGACCAACAGUGUGGGGUGUACAACUCCGCCUCUGAGGGUCACUGGCAGAGUCUGUCCUGUGAGUCAGCUCUGCCUUACAUCUGUAAGAAGACGCCUAAUGACACCCGCAGAGCCGAGCCACUAGACAACUGGCAGUAUAUCCCUACAGAGUGUACUAAUGGCUGGUUGCCUCACAAUGGUUUCUGCUACCGGCUGCUGUCAGAGGCAGAAGCAGGGAGCUGGGAGGAGUCUUCCCGGGCCUGUGUCUCUCAGGGGGCAAACCUCACCAGCCUUCACUCCCUUUCCGAGGUGGAAAUGCUGCUCAAGCUUCUGACUAACUCUUCCGGUGACAGUGAGGAGGCUUGGAUCGGCCUUUGGAAACAGCCAUUUUCUCCGACUGUAGAGUGGUCUGAUGGUUCAGCAGUAACUCUCACUUUCUGGCACCAGUAUCACCCUCCUCCCAACCUGACGGAUGCAUCACUUUGUGUCAAAGCAGACAGGAAGGAGGGUAACUGGCUCUUAAGGUCAUGUGAUGAGCGACUGCCAGCUGUGUGUAGAAAACAAAGCCAGAAUCCGGAUCAUCAGCCUGGAACCUGGGAUGAAGGCUGUCCUGAGGGCUGGAAACGGCAUGGACACUCCUGCUACACGCUGACGAGCCAUGAACAGAGCUAUGAGGAUGCAAUGAUGGGUUAUUACUGCAGGGCUCCUCUCCUCACCGUGGAAAACAGGUUUGAGCAGGCGUUUGUCAACAGUUUGCUGAGUGAGGGUGGGACAAACAGCAGCAAGUAUUACUGGAUCGGCCUCACGGACCAGGAGAAGAGGGGAGAGUACAGCUGGCUACCACUCAAUGGCUCCUCGCUGCCUCUCACUUUCACAAACUGGAACAAACACCAGCCAGUCAGUACUGGCGGAUGUGUUGCUAUGUCAGGCGGCCCUGCUUUGGGUCACUGGGAAGUUAAAGACUGCAAGUCCCACAAGGCCUUUUCAGUGUGCAAGCAGAGCAUCAGCAGCUACCAUGAUGUCCAGCUGCCAGAGCACCACAUUGAUGCAUACGCCCCCUGCCCUCCAGGAUGGGAAUCACAGGCUGGGAUGCUCCACUGUUUCAAGGUGUUCCACGAUGAGAAAGUGCUGAUGAAGCGUUCCUGGGUGGAGGCGGACUUCUUCUGCCAGGCCCUCGGUGCUCAGCUGGCCAGUUUCCUCCACUAUGAGGAGCAGGUGUUUGUUAAGCACCUCCUCGGUACCAUGUUUGAAGGAACAGAGGGUCGCUGGUUCUGGGUGGGCUUUAAUAAGAGAGACCCUGAACAUCCCGGAUCCUGGGAGUGGUCUGAUGGUUCUCCUGUGGAGGCGUCCUUCAUAGAGGAUAAGAACGAUGAGGAUGAUCGGAGGGACUGUGCUAUGUACAGCGACCUCACCAACGCUCUAAUACCGCAACCCUGUGAGGCUGAACAUGAAUGGAUAUGCAAGAUUUCCAGAGGAGAUAAAGUGAUGAAACUCUAUUGGUACAAUGAGCAGAGUGAGCCCUGGGUCUUUUACCAUGGAGCGGAGUACCUGCUGGCGAAGCAGCCCUUUGACUGGGACGCCGUGUCUCUGGCCUGUCAGAUGAUGGGAGCCUACCUGCUGUCCAUCCACUCCAGAGAGGAGCUACACUUCGUCAAGGAGCGCCUGCGUCGGCUCUCCCUGGGACCAACAGAGUGGUGGAUCGGCCUGUCCACUGGGCAGCCUGGAGAGGGGGUCAGGUGGAGCGACAAGACAGAGGUAGACUUUGAGAGCUGGGCAGACAGGGGAGCCAGUGGUGGCAUAAGAAACCGGAUGUGUGUCACCAUGUCCUCUUCAACAGGGAAGUGGUCAGAGAAUAAAUGCAGCAAUAUCCACGGCUACGUCUGCAAGAGAAAGACUGUGUCUGUGGUGGAGACUCCCAGGCAGCCGCACUACAUCGGAGGAUGUCCGGAGAAAUGGCUGUACUUUGGACACAAGUGUCUCCUGCUUCACAUCAUUGACAGCCCAAAGGAGGGAAAGAGUUGGAAGGAUGCCCGGUCCAUCUGUUCCUCAUUCGAUGGUUCGUUGGUGGCUAUCGAAGACGAGAUUGAGCAAGCAUACAUCACCAUGUUGCUCCAGGGAAGCUCUGUAGGUGUGUGGAUUGGUCUGCUGGAUGAGGACACCAUGAAAUGGACCAAUGGGAAAACAGUCAGUUACACCAACUGGUCUCCAAUUGAACCAAAGAGCUACCUCACUGAAAAUGAGUGGCUCAGUGGAUUUGCUGAUGAGCCGUUGUGCACUGUACUGUCCAACAAUCACAACUUCCACCUGACCGGGAAGUGGUACGAUGAGAAGUGCAGUGAGAGUGGGUACGGCUUUGUUUGUCAAAAACCUCAAGAUACAUCCAAACCCCCCACCCACUCCUAUUACCACCCUCUCCCUGACAAUAUUGAGUACAGAAGCCGCAGCUACAAAGUUGUGUCUGGCAACAUGAGCUGGUACGACGCGAUGCAUAUGUGCAUAGAGAAUGAUUCUGACCUAGUGAGCGUUACAGAUGCCUACCACCAGGCUUUCCUUACUGUCCUUGUCAAUAGAUUGGCAGUCCCCCACUGGAUUGGACUGUAUAGUCAAGACAGUGGCAUCAAUUAUCAGUGGUCAGAUGGCAGCGACACAGUGUACACACACUGGGACGCAGGCGAAGAUGAUGACGACUUUGUGAUGGGAGAGUGUGUGUACAUGGACGUGACCGGAGGCUGGCGAAGAGCUGACUGUGAAACUCCGCUUCCAGGAGCCCUGUGUCAUGUUCCCCCACCAAACAGUAAACCAUUCAUCUCGUAUGAGUUUGCGUGCCCCUCCACAUGGGUGAAAUUCGGUCAUGGCUGUUACAGCUUCGAGCCUGUGGUGCAGAAACUCACAUUUGAAGAAUCAAGAGAGCACUGCAGGCAGAAAGUAAACACCUCAGAUGUCCUGACCAUCGAGAGUGAGACGGAGAAUCGGUUUGUUCUGGAGCAGCUGUGGACGUCGGGGUUCCUUCACCACACCGUGUGGUUGGGGAUGUACUUUAACAUCAACACUGAUUCUAUGGCCUGGGUGGAUGGUUCACCCAUACACUACACCAACUGGCUCAACAAGGCCCCGGACCCCAAGCUGCUGACCGCUGACGCCUGUGUUACUACCAGGGUGGUUGAUGGUGUGUGGCAUCUGUCGCAGUGCAACGAGCGGCUCGGCUUUGUAUGCAAAACCACCUCAGAUAUAGUUACUGAGGUGGAAGUGGAACCGCUAAAUGGUUUACACCAUGGGGUCAUCCCUGCUGCGGUGCUAGUGGCUGUACUAAUCUUUGCCCUGCUGGCAGGAGCGAUGUGGUUUGUGUACAAGAGGAGCGCUUCACGUUUUCGCGGGCUUCCUACGCUCGGCAGUGCUUAUUACAGACAAACCAGCUCACAGGCCACAGAGUCAGACGGAAAUGUCCUUAUUACAGACCUGGAGGCUCACUCAGGAGAAUAGCACUCAAUGAUUUCCUUUAGGUUUCUGUCCGUCUCUCACAAUUUCACCAUCAGGUAUGAAUGCCACAUGACACUGUACAGCUGUGAAUCCUCAGGACAGUGGUGACAAGAUGACUUUUCCUUCUGUAAUAAGAAAAUGUGGUUGAAGGAACCACAGUUUUCACCCAUUCAGAAUGUUUAAAUUAGACAAAUGUAUGAGAAGAUUUGGUUAUUUGACACUGAAUAGUCAACAGUUAAAUAUCAAGACUAACAAAGUUCACAUGAAUGAGUGUGUUGAAGAAGAGAUGUUAGAGAGCUUAAAACAUGUUAGAAAAGGUACUGGACACUUGUUCUAUGCUUGUUACAAUUUCAUAGUAUAAGAAUUUAAAUCAAUUUUAAUUGGUAAAAACGGUACAAAGGAAAAUGAUUUGGAUAAUGCCGAAAGGUUUUCUGAACAAGAUUCAAACAGGUAAAAGAAAAACUUGGUUUACUUGCCAAAUGUGUUUUCCAUUGACAUAAAUAAUAAUAUUUGUGAUGCAAUUUUGUGCAUCUUAUUUAGAAUUCAGGAGUUGUUGGAGCUGCACACUUGGUACAGCAAUUUGUCAGUAUUACUUUUGUAUUUUUAUUUUAUUUUUUUAAGUAACCAUGCUGUAUAUAGAUCAAAAAAGUGUCCUUUUAUAUGAUCAAGAUUAACAGAAAAGUGUAAGUCAUAACUAAUGAUUGGAUUUGUUCUCUUGUUCACUUUUGUCUUCUGAUGCAAAACAAAUUUGUAUAUUUGCACAGUUUUCUUUGUUUUAAUA